AUGGAUAAUGGUAAAACAAUAUUUAUGAAGAAGAGAAACAUUGUUAAUAGGAACACUGUUCACCAUGCACGAACAAGUCAUGCCAUAGCAGAGAAUUCUGGCAUCUUUAGAUAUGGUCUAGUGAUAUCUUAUUUCAAUGAUAGCAGGAGAUCGGAGAAUGAAGACAACAUUUUAGCUUCUAAGUUCCAAGGUCUCAAAUCUAAGGUUCCAAGGUAUUUCGUUAGAGAUUUUACUCCUCGACUCAACUCAAUAAUGAUUAGGCAAGAUUUCAUGAGCAAAAGUGAAGCCACCUUCUCAUGGGGUUCACUUUUGCCAGAGGUGGUAUACCUGCAAGAAUUGAAGGGUGUUGAGGAUGGAUUAAUUGUUGACUUAGUUGGAGAGAUCACAGAUGCGGUCUCAAAUUUCAACAAAUUUUUUAAGCUCAUACCAGAAUUGGUGGCUGCCUCAAAUUUUUGUCGCAUGUUAUAUAAUAAGUGA